CUUUUUUAUUGUUGUAAUGAAAGCAGGAUCUUUUUCUUCUUAAACUUAUUCUUGCUUAAGAAGAUACUUGAGACAGUCAUGGAUGAUACUGUACGCUCUUUUCUCUCCAAGUUACGAUUAGCCUAAUCUCACAAGCGACUAUGCAAGUAUUGCUAUUAUGCAAACCUAAUCGGACGAUAAGGGAAAGCCAUCGAGCUAUUGCAAAAACACACCGUCUAGUCAUGAGAGGGCGGAAUGUUGGAUCUUAAUGCCCGGAUAAUAAUACAAGAUCUACACUAUCUAGCAUUAAUAAUCAUCUGGGGAUGCGGGGUAAUAAUAAUGAUGGAUCAGUUGUGGAAAUAUUACCACCUAUCCUCAAAGCAAUACGCCGGUCCAAAAUGGCUGCUAUCCGGUCUUCAGCAGUCGAGGCCGUUCGUGAGUCUGACCGCUACGGCAAUGAUGCAGCGGUCAGCAUGGACGUAGAAACAAACGCUGGUGGACAUGCAACAGGAGCAAUUGAUGUCGCAAUCUGUGUUACAGACAGGCCAGCGGAAGACUUUCCAGCACAGCAACUCGAGAUCGAAGAUCUGGCUUCAGACUCUCGAAGAAACGAAGCAUCUAUCAUCCUGCCAAGCAUCUCGAACCCCGCGAUCAAUAGAUACCGCGUUCUAAGCGUCAGUCUGAUAAAUUUUGCUGGUGGGCUCAACGAUAGUGCUCCAGGAGCUCUGAUUCCCUACAUCGAAAAGAAAUAUAAUAUUGGCUACGCUCUCGUAUCCUUGAUUUUCGUUGCCAAUGCGGUUGGCUUUCUCGCUGCUGCUCCGUGUACCCAUAUCCUCGAGCGACGUCUCGGCCGAGCGCGCACAUACAUGGUUGCGGAGGUUGCAAUCUGUGCGGCCUUUCUCGCUUUGGUCUGUACGCCUCCUUUCCCUGUCGUUGUGAUUGCGUUCUUGCCCAUUGGGUUCGGACUCGCGACUGCAUUGGCGUUGAGUAACGUCUUCUGUGCGAAUCUGGCGAAUGGAACGGUUGCGCUGGGACUUCUCCACGGCAGUUAUGGCAUUGGUGGCACUUUGGGCCCGCUGAUGGCAACAGCAAUUGCAUCUCAUACUGGGAAGUGGUCACCAUUCUACUUCAUAACGUUGGGAAUGGCCGUCAUCAACACUGCGUUGGCGAGUUGGACAUUCAGAGGUUAUGAGAAUGAACUGGCUGCUAUGCGGAUGUCACGAUCGUCUUCUGAUCCCCAUACCGAAGAUCACUCCCAUGCUGGCACCUUCAGAGGAAUCAAGAACCGCGUCACGAUCCUUGGGGCCCUCUUCAUAUUCGCCUACCAGGGUGCAGAAGUCUCGAUUUCAGGAUGGAUCGUUUCGUUCCUGGUCACCUACCGUCAUGGCAAUCUUGCAGAUGUGGGUUACGUGAGUGCUGGUUUCUGGGCCGGUAUUACGGUAGGACGAUUCCUCCUCUCGCACCCAGCGCAGCGAUUGGGGGAGAAAUUCUUUGUUGUCAUGGCCAUUGCUGGUGCCCUCGGGUUUCAGCUUAUUGUUUGGCUAGUUCCAAACUUGAUCGGUGAAGCUGUCGCAGUGGCCAUUGUUGGUUUGCUCCUGGGUCCUAUAUUCCCUUGUGCAGCGGCGGUAUUUACUAAACUGCUCCCUCGAAACAUUCAGAUGUCUAGUCUGAGUUUUAUUAGUGCCUUGGGUAGCAGUGGGGGUGCAGUAGCGCCUUUGGCGACAGGUCUUCUAGCACAGAAGGUAGGAACGUUUCUCCUCCAUCCUAUCUGUAUCGGACUGUUUGUGGCAAUGGAAGGAUGCUGGGGCGUUCUACCACGUAUCAGAAAGAGAUCGGUGUGAGGAGCAUAUCCAACGGAGCUUCUCUAGGAAGAUGAAUGACUAUAGUGAUCGUCUUCACCUCGGUAGAGAUAAUCGGUACAGGUGUGGCAGUGGCUACGUAAUAUUCCUUUCAAAAUACUAAACUUUUUGAUUGCGAUCCUGUUGAGGUUUUCAACCUCAAUCACCAAGGUGGAAUUAUAUUAGGGAAG